CUGGCCCCGAACCGCUAGCCAGACGCCCACGCCCCGGGGCCCCAGACUGCCAGCCGGAUCUCCCCGUGGAGCUGCCGUCCAGUGGCGCUCCAGCCAUUUGGCCCAACUGUCAGUUCCAGAGGCCUCCCGCAUGCAGGGAGACCUCGAAGUUCGCACCGCCGAACUUCAAGGCGGGGCCCGCCCCGCAAUCACAUCGUCAGGGAUCUGGGCGGUUGGCCCCCUCCAACCGAUGUACGGGGCUCCAGGCCGGCGCCCGCGCUUGGACGCACGGCAACCGAGCUUACUUUGGGGGGCCACCGCUGUGCUGGCCGCGCCCAGGGAGAGGCCGCUGGAGCGGUCUCCCAGGGUGCGCGUUCCGCAGCGGGCAGCGGGGCCGCUCGAGCAAACGAGCAACGUCUCCGGGCGGGGGCCCGGAGAAGACAGAUUCAGCCGGGCGAGGGGGCGGCAGGCAGCGGCGAGGAGGAGGGAAGGAGGAGGAGGAGGAGGAGGACGAGGAGAAGGAGAAGGAGGAGGAGGGCGAAGAGACAAAGAACGAGGAACACCGCGCCCGUCCUCGUCCAGGUAUAUUGGCAGCGGCGCCGGACGCGCGCGAGCGCGCGCGCGCCGCUGGCGCCAGGCAGAUGCCUGCCCACGGCAACGCGAGAGCACCUCGGCCACAGGGGGGACACCGCCUCUUGAAAAUGGGGCGACCAGCGCGGGGAUCGAAGCCCGGCGCGCCGGUCCCUGCUCCACAGCGGGCACGGCCGCUUGGCUGCGGCGUGGCCGCUGGAGAGAAAGCACAGAGAGGGGGGGGAGAGAGAAGGCGCAGGAGAGGGCGGGGGAGGGAGGGGGGCGAUAAAGUGGGAGCAGGGAUGAUGAAGGGAGGAAGAGCACACAUCGCCCACAUUGAAAAAUUGGUUUGCUCACAAGCACAGAAGUCCCUUCCUCAUUAAAUGGCAAGCUGUAGAAUGAUGACGGCUUGUUGAUACUACGGAAGAUACCACUCCGCCAAUUCCAUGUGCCACGGUCA